UCAGAUCGCACCUCGGUCCUUCUCCAUAUACACUUGAUUUCCAAGUCGGUUAGUCAAAAAUUAGAGAGUGGAGAGUAGGGCUGUGACAAAAAUCAGACCCCUCAACGCCCUCAGUCCUAUUUGCCUCACCUGGACGGCGUGGCAUCAUGAAUCAAGAUGAUCCCGACAGCAAUAUGGACGACGAAAUCAUCGUCAAAACUCCUGCCAAAAAAUCAGUACCGAUAAAAGAUCCAGAUUAUUACUUUCAUUUUUACUCUUCACUCCAAAACCAAGCUAAUAUGAUUGGGGAUACAUCCAGGACGGGGACUUAUAGAAAGGCUAUACUUGGGAACUCAGAGGUGGCAUUCAAAGAUAAGUUGGUAUUGGACGUUGGGGCAGGAUCUGGCAUUCUGUCGUACAUUUCUGCUCAAGCUGGAGCAAAGCAUGUCAUAGCUUUAGAAGCUUCUACCAUGGCUGAGAAGAUCUCAAUUAUAGUCAACGCUGCCAAUCGGGGAAAUUCGAAUUGGCAUUUGAAAGAUCGAAUACGUGUCGUAAAAGGUUUAGUGGAAGAUGAAACUGUACAAAAACAAGUUUUGGAAAGUGGAAAAGUGGAUACUAUCGUUUCAGAACCUAUAGGAGUUAUGCUCUUACAUGAACGUAUGGUCGAAUCAUUCUUAUUAGCUAGAGAUUUGUUCUUGAAACCUGGAGGGCAAAUGCUUCCUUCGUCUGGACAGAUAUACUUUUGUCCAUUUACCGAUGAGGCUAUAUAUCAUGAGACUGAGCAAAAGGCGCAGUUUUUCAACUCGACUUUGUUUGGUACCGAUUUCAGAGAAUUGUACAACGCAGCAAGGGAAGAAGUCUUUGCUCAACCUGUGGUUGGCAUGUUUCCACCUAAUUCACUCCUCUCUAUACCUUGCCCACCGGAGACAUUCGAUUUCUACACCUGCAAUAUAUCCGACCUGUUGAAAUUCUCUACGCCAUUGGAUUUUGUCGUUACGCGGACAGCUUUGAUCCAUGGGCUGGCAUCAUGGUUCGACCUCGACUUCUACCCUAAUCCUUCCUCUUCCAUUCCUCCUGCUGAUUCUUCCUCCACAGAAGGCUGGGAUUUCCCCGUUUCCUCAUCUCCCGCUUCUUGGCUUUGGGGUACUCAAGAUUCCGCUUUAAACCCACCUCCUACUCCCUCUGCUCCCAUCAAUGGUUUACACGUACGUUUAUCCACAGGACCUAACGCUCCAAGGACUCAUUGGCAACAAACGAGGUUGAUGUUACCUGAACCACUAGCCGUCAAUAAAGGUGAAAGGGUGAUAGGAUCCGUUAACUUCCAAGUGAACGAUUCUAGGUCUUAUGAUCUGACUGUGGAAUUAUACGUCGAUAGACCGGGUUUGACAGCACAACCUAAUCCUUUGUAUAGAAAAGCGAAUUAUAAUCUUCAUCAACAAUGUUUCAAUUAUUCUUAUAUCCCACCUGAACCCACUAUCCCAAUGUGAAUGAAAGAACGAAUUUUUUUAUGACUAGGAAUUAUUGAUUUCCUCAUCUGCAUUCUAUCUUGCCAUAUGCAUAUCUUGUGUUCAU